AUGAUUAAACGACGGCACUCACGUCGUUGCUCGCCGUCGCCGAAACGGAAGCGAAUUGAAUCGUCUCCGAACCGCAGAAAAUCAUCAUCGGAUGUUGUUCGACCUCCACCUGAGUUUCCUACAUUUGAUUAUGAGGCACGUUGUCCCACAUUCACAAAAUUUGUCGAGCUUGAUCCCGAAGAUGUCACCUUCAGUAACAGUACUUUGAUAACUCUGCAACACGAGCUUGAAGAUAUGUUGGCUCAAUGUGCAAUGAACAUGCGGCGUACAAAAGGCGAAUUGCAGUUUCUCAACCAUGGAGAUUAUCCCAAAGAAGAUUUGAAAAAGAGGCAAUUUUUAAUUUGCGGGUUACCUGAAGAAGACGAAGAAGAUGACUUCAAUCAGUUUCCUCCUUAUCAUAUUCCCACGAGAUUUUGGACUUGGUGCAAGAAGGACUUUUUAAAAAAUGUCGAUGGAGAAUAUCUACGAAGUUUCAAAGAAAUGAUUGUCGAUAAGUAUACUUCCAAAGGAAUUGAGCAAUAUUUGGUGAAUGAGCCUUGGAAAUAUCGAAAAAGGGCUGCCUCAAAGGGGAGUCGUAGCGCCAAUAAAACGCCAAAACGUGUGUCUAUUUCAAAUGAGGUUUCAUGCAGUAAUGGAACAACACCGAAAUCAAACGGCCGGAGAAUUUCGAUUACACGCUCGCAGAGCUCAAAAGAUUCCGUAAAUAAUAAUAAAAUUACUCCUGUUAUUGAUUCGAUGGUGAUGUCGGCAUGUAAAGAAUACAAGGAUACACCGUGUCGACGAGCUUCAACCAAAGCCGAAAUUGAAGUGAAAAUUGAAAAUGAGGAAGAAGAUGACGAGCCCGAAAUCAGUUUCAAUCAGAAAUUGAGUCCAAAUGGAAUCUCGCCGAAAUCAAUAAAAAAAGAACGGGAUGGUGAGAUAAUUCUAAAUGGGAAUUCGAACGGAUUUCAUUCGCCUGGAAGCGAUUCUCGAGAGAAUGGGUUUAUUCCAAAUGGUGUCACACCAUUUAGAAAUUGUUUGACCAAUGGGAAAUUAAACGGCGAAAAAACAGGACCGAAACGGAAAAAUGGAGAAAAAUCGCCGGAUUUGUCGAUGAAUGAUUGCGAGGAUAUGCCGCCACCAUUGGCGCUCGAAGAUUUCGACGCAAAGGCGAUUGGAUCGAAAAUAGUCGCAAAAUUAAUCGAAGGUGGUAUUCUGCCGGAAUCUAGUGCUCUGGUUUUUGAACAAAUGUCAACGAGUGCCAACGAGCGAAAUUGUUUCGAGCUUUCGAAAUUAAGUCUAAACGAAGAUGGGCGAGAAGAAGCUGAUGAUCCAUCCGUCGAUGAGCUGUCGGCUGAAUUGAAACGGUGCCAAUUAGAACUGCUCGAACUUCAACCACAACUCAAUGCUGCCGUUAGCAUGGCUUGGCGUAGAGCCAAAUCUCAAUACGCAUUCUGGCACACGUAUGAGCAGUACAAGGCGGCUGACUAUGAUUUAUUCCGUCUUGGUGUCAACAUGUAUCGGGAGCUGCCCCGCAAAUUGCCAGCAUUGCUCGAACAACCGAUACUGAAGGAAGCGAUGAAACGUCGAAACCGUGAAGCGCGCUUCCACUACGGUUGUACUUAUCGUCGUCAUCCGAAAUAUCGUUGGAAAUCUCGAUUUUUGCCAUCUACAAGCCGAAAACGAGCAUCGAAUUCGCCAUAA